AUUGCGCUCACUAUGGACGACUUCAGACGGGUCGCUAUCCGGAGAAAAUCGAAGGAAUGUGCAGAGAAGAAAGGCAAGCAGAACCGUUUCUUGUCGAAGAGCGCUGAUGAGGAAGCCUGCGUGGCUGUGAAGAUCGCUCAGGGAAAAGCUCUCAGCAGCAGUCCCAGCAGCCCCGGUGAGUGUGUCGCCCCCAAUGAGAGGAAUCGGGGGAGUGUAAAUGGAAGAGGAAGGGCCAGCAGGCCCCCACUGCAUCCCAAACCACCAGUGCCUCCAAAGCCGCCGCACCUCCAGAGCACAGUGAGGGAGCCGGGGACGUCCCUGGGCCAGCGAGGACCCCUCACAGCCAGGAUGGAGGACGGAGGAGGAGGGGGAGUGACAGGGCGGGGCCGCGAAAAGCCCUCGAAGGUGUCCGACCUCAUCAGCCGCUUCGAGGAGAACAGCCACAGCGAGGCGAAAAGGGACGGCUCCCCGCUGAAGCAGGCCGGACGUUCGCCCAGCUACAGCCCGGCGCACCGCGGCCUCCAGAAAGCGCAGGACCCCAAGCAGGAACACAAGGACGCCGGGUCCCCCCCCAGCCCCCCCUCGCAGGAUGCUCACAAGCACGCCGCCAACGGGGUGCUAGCCCAGAUGGACAGGGGCGCGAGGGAGCCCUCUCUCAGCGGACCGGGCUCCCCGGCGCUCAGGACGGACACUGCCCUGGUGAACGGAGAGGGGAGGGACACGAGCACAGAGCCCAGGAUAAAUAGCCCCCGAGCGGACACAGACAGGACUGACCGGGGGGUGCCGAGAGAGAGCGAGGAGGAGCGCAGCCCACAGGAAGCGGCUCAAAAUGAGAGGAGGAAGGAGGGGAGCAUGGAGCAGAAGGAAAGCAACGAACAGAAGCUGUAUAAGAUUGCCAACGAACUCCUGCAGACAGAGAAGGCCUACGUUGCACGGCUUCACCUUCUGGAUAAGGUGUUCUGUGCCAAGUUGAUGGAGGAGGCAGGGAAGGGCACGUUCCCUGUGGAGGUGGUGAAGAACAUCUUCUCCAACAUCUCGUCCAUCCACGCCUUCCACAGCCAGUUCCUGCUGCCGGACCUGGAGAAGCGUAUGGGCGAGUGGGCCUCUAUGCCUCGUAUCGGGGACAUUCUGCAGAAGCUCACCCCCUUCCUGAAGAUGUACGCGGAGUACGUGAAAAACUUUGACAACGCCAUGGAGCUGCUGAAGCAGUGGACGGACCGCUCACCCCCAUUUAAGGCCAUUAUCCAGGACAUCCAGAGUCAGGAGGUGUGCGGGAGUCUGACGCUGCAGCACCACAUGCUGGAGCCAGUGCAGAGAGUACCUCGCUACGAAAUGCUGCUCAAGGACUACCUGAAGAAACUGCCGCAGGACGACUCGGACCGCCGUGACGCCGAGAAGUCUUUGGAGACCAUCGCCAUGGCAGCUACUCACUCCAACAGUGCCAUUCGCAAAUCGGAGAACCUGAAGAAACUGCUGGAGAUCUACGAGAUGCUGGGGGAGGAGGAGGACAUCGUCAACGCCUCCAACGAGUUCAUCAAGGAGGGCCAGAUCCUCAAGCUGGCGGCCAGAAACACGUCGGCGAUGGAGAGGUACCUCUUUCUGUUCAACAACAUGCUGCUGUACUGCGUGCCCAAGUUCAGCCUGGUGGGGCAGAGGUUCACUGUGCGCACGCGGAUCGGCAUCGAGGGCAUGAAGGUGCUGGAGACCUCCAACGAGGACUACCCCCACACCUUCCAGGUGUCCGGCAAGGAGAGGACCCUGGAGCUGCAGGCCAGCUCAGAACAGGACAAAGAAGACUGGAUAAAGGCUUUCCAGGAGACGAUAGAGAUCUUCCACCAGAAGAACGAGACGUUCAAGUCUGCCUCCAAGGAGGUGGAGGAAGUGUCAACAGCGGAGCUGGGGAAGCGCGCCCCUCGCUGGAUUCGGGACAACGAGGUGACAAUGUGCAUGAAGUGCAGGGAGCCCUUCAACGCCCUGACGCGCCGGCGGCAUCACUGUCGAGCUUGCGGCUACGUGGUGUGCUGGAAGUGCUCAGACAACAAGGCCCCGCUGGAGUACGAUGGCAACAAGGUGAACAAAGUCUGCAAGGACUGCUUCUCCAUCCUGACAGGCAACUCAGAGAGCGAAGACCGGGCCGAGGGCAAGAAGAAGGGCAUCCUGGAGAUCGAGGCGGCGCAGUUCUCAGGGAACAGCAUCAUGUGUGGCUUCCUGCAGUACUGCGAGAAGAACAAGCCCUGGCAGAAGGUGUGGUGCGUCAUCCCCCAGAAGGAGGCGCUAGUCCUCUACCUGUAUGGAGCACCGCAGGACGUGAAGGCCCAAUCCACCAUCCCGCUGCUGGGUUACACCGUGGAGGACACGCCCCGGCCCGCAGACCUGCCCGCCAGCUUCCGCCUCUCCCAGUCCAAGUCCGUCCACAGCUUCGCGGCCGAGAGCGAGGACCUGAAGCAGCGCUGGCUGCGGGUCAUCCGGGUGGCGGUGACGGGCGAGGCGCCCGAGCCCUCGCCGCCGCCCAGCGACGGCGGCAUGGCGGACGCCGCCCACGAGGGCAGCUCUGAAAGCCUCUGAGAACUGCCGCCCCGCGCCCCCUCGGUCUGACAGACGCUCGCACACACCGUGUGUACCCGGGACGCACACUGGCCCACUACCGCUCUAAUACUCAGCACGUAUCAGCAGACACACACACACACACACACACACACACACGCACGUGCACCCCCUGCUGUGGAGACCGCCACACUCCGCCGCUCUCCCCAGACGGCACCCGUCAUCCCCGCAGGAAGUGUGCCAGGAGGAAACGGAGACGCAGAAACAAUCAAAUCAACACUACUUGUGAGGGUGACCGGACGGCCACACCUCCUCUUCCCUAAGUGUGUUUGUGGGAGACGCGUGUCCCAGCACCCGGAAGCUCUACACACACGCUGUCUGACUACUGUAGUGCCUGCCUCAGUGAGACCCGAGUUCAUUUUUAUAGAUCUGGUGCUACAGCUGGGAGUGUCGACGAAGAGGACACACUUCUAUGCACCACAGUCCGCUCUAUUUUUUCCCAAGAGGAACAAGUGCAUUUUUAUGUGUAAAGAGACAAGAGCUUUCUGUACAUGUAGAAGACACAGUUCGUCACCUUUUGCAUCAGUGUUUGACAGGUGCCCUACCGGAAACACAGCCACAAACAUACCCAGCGCAUCUUUCCAUUUCUAAGCCAACCCGUCCUCCCCGAGGGUCGAGUCUCUUGUUCUCACCUUUGGACCACAGGAACCAGCAGAAGGAACUUCAAAAAAGUGACAAAACAGCAAGAGGUGGUCUCCUGAUGGUUUAAACCUGUCAUUUUGAGUUGCGGUGAUGGAUGAAGAUUCUGGAUGCCUCUUUUAAAUGACUGCAAAGCAAUCAGCUUUUCCCCAAAUUGUGAUUUUUUUUCCCCCCAAGUUUGGAAGUGCAGAUCAACAAAGCCUCUCCUUCAGAGAGAGAAACAUCAGCAGGUGGAAUGUGGCCAGGACCUGGUCUGGGAGCACAAGGCAUUAUGGGUAACGCUGCAGCACACAAGCUGCUGGAUAUGUCUCUCUCACAGAGUCCCUCCAAGCCGAGUGUAUGUAUAUUUAAGAGACAUCCCUUGAGAUGGCAAGCAGAGGAUAUUGUGUAUUUCAUUUUAUGAAUUGUAAUUCAUUAGUGUCAAAUAUAUUUUUUAUUACUGUUAUUAAAUGUGUCGUCAAGAGAUCUUCUGGGCUGUGAUUGCACAUGAGGAAAGGCACAAACUGAAGCCUAUUGGCAGUAUUGUAGAAGGAACAAAAUGGUUGUCUAGUAUAGCUGUAACCACUCUACUCAGCUUUGGCUUUGUCAGUAUGCACACAGUGCAUUUACUACCUAUGAAUAUACAGUUCAAUUAUCACGGUGUUUUCUAUACUUGUAGACACACAGUUGAAAUGCAGGAUAGUUUUUUGAUAAGACUACUGAAGGAUUGGACUGUGUGUGUCAGACAUGGGCCCCUCCCACAGAAUGGCACAAUCAAGGACCCUCAUAACCCUCAUUCAAAUGGGAAAAGGAUGUACAUGUACCAUGUAAAUGUUUUUAAAUACUGUAAUUAAUUUUAUUUAAAGUAAUUUAUAGAAUAUGUGCAUGGUUGAAAGAAAAUUGGCACAACUUUUUUUUUUCCAAUUCCUCAUCUUUCUGUUUGGGUGUUUGGAGUUCUCUGCGAAGCCAUAGCAGCUAUUCUCAAUGUGAACUAACAUUGUUCUUUUUUGUAUAAAUACAUAAAGUUUUCUCCAUAAUUGUACCUUGAUGCACAGAGUCAUUGCCCCUCACAGCAGAAUCCUGAGAGGGGAGAAGAGUCUUCAUACAGUUUUUUUUUUUGUUUUGUUUGGGCUAAUGUGCCCAUUAUAUGAACUUCCAAACACCACCAUUUUAACGCAAAACCUGACAGUCCAUCGCUAUGUGUGGGUAUUCAUACAGCACAACAAUCCUAGAAACGAGAUCUGAAUGUAAAACCAGAUUUGUAAGUACACUGUCCUGAUUCUUUUCCCCCCGAAGGCCUGAAAAUCUACGCACUUUACUGUCUUAUGAAAUGGUGUACCUUGUAAGUAAAUAAAACAAACUAUUCCAUUACUA